ACAGCGAGCGUGGGCACAUCGGCGAGGCCUCUGAGCGGCUGCAUCGGCUGCUCCGUGAACACCAGAAGGCCAUGCUAGAGGAGCUGGAGGCCGACACGGCCCGGACACUGACUGACAUCGAACAGAAGAUCCAGCGUUACAGCCUGCAGCUGCAUAAAGUGCAGGAAGGUAGCCAGAUCCUGCAGAAAAGACUGGCGGAAACCGACAGGCACAACUUCCUGGCGGGCAUCGCCUCUCUCUCGGAGAGGCCAAAGGGGAAGAUCCACGAAACGAGUCUCGCCUAUGAGGAUUUCCCCACAUUGAAAUACAUGGGGCCUCAGCAGUACACCAUCUGGAAAUCCCUCUUCCAGGUCAUCCAGCCAGUGGCUGCCACGCUGCCCCUGGACCCGGCCACCGCUCACCAGCGCCUCUCACAGGCAAGCAUAGAGACAGUGGCAUACGCAGACCUCAAGAAGAAAUUAAGGGAACAUUUUGAGCCUAAACUCUCAACCAUCGCCUGGCACCGUGCAUUCAAGCAAUGUGAACAGAGAUCCGGGGAAUCUGCAGCAGAGUUUGUAGCAGCCCUUCUCCAAGCUUCGUGCCAAUGCGAGUUCCCUGAUCUGGAAUACCAUCUCAAAGACAGCCUCAUUUGCAGCCUGUGUAAUAGUGAAUUACAGCAGCACCUAUUCACCAUGAAGAAACUGACUUUCCAAGAUGCAUUGAAGGAAGUCAUGGCGAAUGAGGCUGCCAGAGGGGCCAUGAAGACUCUCCAGCCACCAAAAACACACACCUGCUCCCCAGCAAUCCACCAACCUAAAAUUGAUACGGAACUAGACAAGCUGGUACAGCAGGGAGUGAUCCAACACAUGGACUGUAGCCAGUGGGAGACUCCCAUAGUAACCCCAGUUAAGCCUAACAGGGCCGUUCACAUCUGCGCAGACUACAAGUGCACCAUAAACAAGGCACUACAGCGGCAUGCUUACCCUGUACCAGUAGUAAGCCACAUCGUCGCCUUGCUCCAGGGAGGCUGA